AUGGGUGGCAGAAGGAAGGUCUUCUUUCCAUACGCGAAUCUCACUCUACGACGAACGGCACGCAAAUCUUGUUUCCCGAGGUGGCCGUCGGCGAUGAUCUUUCGGCGCGAUCCGUGCGGUUUGGCGUGCGUUUUCCUCAUCUACGGAGCGAUUGGGUACGCCGAGUACGCACUCGUCUUCUGGAUGUUGUUGCCGACGUUUGGUGAAAGUUUCUGGGGAGCUGUGCAUAUUGUCGUGCUGAACACGUUGUUUCUUCUGGUCAUCAUCGCUCACGCGCGCACAAUGUUCACCGAUCCAGGGAUCGUUCCGAUCAGCAAAAACUCAAACACGAAAAAUCGGCGGGCAACGCUUCGGCAAGGCGAGGGCAGCGACUCCGACGACAGUGACAGCGAACGGGAAAUGAUGAUGCUGAGGAGGGACAAUGAUCGAUUAGGUGAAGAGUGGACGGUGUGCACGCGUUGCGAAUCGUUUCGCCCGCCUCGUGCUCAUCAUUGUCGCAUUUGUAAGCGCUGUGUACGGAAAAUGGAUCAUCAUUGUCCAUGGGUGAACAACUGUGUCGGCGAGUUCAAUCAGAAAUUCUUCUUGCAAUUUUUGUUCUACGUCGCCCUCAGCAGCACAUAUUCGUUAUUUAUAAUCAUCAUUUCGUGGGCGAAUCAUAACGAAUUUGGAACAACGGGGUUGAAAGGGCCAAAUGGACCGAAUGUUCAUCAUGCUAAAGUACUUCACACGAUUGUCAUCUCGAUCGAGAGCGCUCUCUUUGGCAUGUUCGUCAUCGCGGUUUCAUGUGAUCAGCUACAAGCGAUAUGGAACGACGAGACGGCUGUGGAAGCGGUGCAAAGGAGGGGCAUGCGGGCGACUCGGCGACAGAAGUCUUCGUGGAGUGCCCUCUCGCAAGUUUGUGGACACGGCGGUCUCCUCACGUGGUUACUGCCUUGCUCAAGUGUUCCCCAUGUGUCCGAAAUAGCGCCGAUCGAGCACAAUGCACAUUUUACCGUU